AUGGGUUGGGUGGCGCUAGGGCGGCGUGCGGGUGGUAGCAGCCGCUUAUCACCCAUCCUCUCGCUGUCUCUCGCCUCCCUUGUAAGCUCCUUACUAUUCACUACCCUCUGUGUCCUCACCCUAGCUCUCACUUUUGCCACCUUCGUACGCUCCGAAGACAUCUUUGAGGAAGGAAAAUCAGACAAGGAAAUUCUGGACAAUUUGCUGCUGUCGACGCGCUAUGACAAGCGGCUUCUUCCGCCGGUCCAAGGUACACUACGGCCCCCACCCCAUACUCGUCAAGAUGACUACAUCCCUGACCAUCUUGAUUCACCCAAUGACCAACCUAACCAACAACCCGAGCACCAUCUCCGACACCAUCGGCACCAAAACCAUCACACAGCACGACACAACCACAGUUCACUGCUUACGUCUCGUCGAAAGGGUACCUCAUUGAAUCUGAUGAAAAAGCAGAGCGAAUGCUGCUGA